AUGAUCGUUAUCCCUCUGAAGACUGAACUGGCCUAUAAGAUUCUAGAGAGAGGCCGUAUGCGCUUUUGGCUGCAAGCUGAGGGCAUCUCCUCUGCUGUGACCUACAAAUUCUUUGCCAAUAACAAGGAGCUUGUCAACUGUGAGCAAACUAAAAUGAGUCACGAUGCAGCUACAGGCAUUAUUGAGAUGGUGAUGGAUCAUUUCACUGACGACAGCGAGGGCACUUUCACCGUGCAGAUCCAAGAUGGCAGAGCCAAGGCCCAGUCCUCUCUGGUGCUGAUCGGAGACGCCUUCAAGGCAGCGCUGGCUGAGGCGGAAUACCAAAGGAGGGAGUACAUUCGUGUGAAAGAGGGCCCUCAUUUUAUGGAGUUCCUCUCCAUUCAAAUUGGGGAUAAUGCCUCUGUCACUCUUUUUUGCAAGGUGGCUAAUUUGAAGAAGGACUCUGUGUUCCAAUGGUAUAAGGAUGAUGUAGAGGUGAUUUCUGAGGUGCCUGCUGACUUGAACUCAGGAGUCUGCAAGUUCCCCCUAACUAAUUUCUCCAAGAGGGAUGUGGGACUAUAUAAAGCAACCAUCACCGAUGACAGAGGUCAAGAUGUGUCACAGAUUGAUGUUUCUGGCAAAGCUUUUGAUGACAUCAUUAACGAGCUCAGUCGUGUCGCUGGUGUGUAUGACAUGUAUCAUCAUGUUUGUCAUUUGGCUCUCCAAAGCCAGCAUGUCUUUACUCGUGUUAACAUCAACUGA